CCGGAGCGCGAGGGGAGGCGCAUAUAUUCCGCAGAUCAGACGCGCAUGAGACAGCAUUCAGUGCACGAGCUCCUGACAACAAGACCAGCUCUGAGCUCUUCCCCUCCUUGCUUUAUUCAUGGAUACUAACCUGCUAGGAUUGUACUUUCACCGCAUGACGAGCCACUUUUGGAAGAGCCGGUGCUGAGCUCCACAUGAGGUGCAUGGACUCACUUCUAAACUCUUCUGAAGUUUCCCAAAGAGUUUUAUUCUUCAUUAAUUGGCAUAGGCAAUGCAAAAGGCUUUAACUAUUCGGAUUGUUGGACAGCCAUGACGACCUUUUGCAACUUUUGAGAUCUUUUUCUUCUUCUCCAGCAUUUGGACCAACACCUGGAGCUCCAGCUCGGAUUUUUUUUUUCCUCUUUAGACUUGAGCUGGUGCAUCGGGUCAUUUAUAGAGAGAUAUCUUCAAGGUAUGGUUCUGGACUCUCUGAGCUCAGGAGCGGAUCCAAAGCUCCUACAGUCUUCAUCUUUCUUGCUGGGUGGGAAAUUGACAUUGGAAGGAGAUGAGAACCCUAUUCUGCUGCUUUCUGCUCCUCACCUCGCACCUUCUGCUGGCAGCUGCUGAGAAGGAGUUUCCCAUCCCUCAGGAGUUCAUCGACAGACUGUCCCACAGCGAAAUCAACAGCAUCAGCGACCUCCAGCGGCUACUGGAGGUAAAUUCCCCAGGUCCUGGAAAUGAGGUGAUUGAGGAGGUCAAGCAGAAGCACCAUCAGAAGAGCCAGCAUUCAUACAAGAGCUUCGCCUCCGAUCUGAAGAGCCGACAGCUGUCCCAUCGGCGGAAGAGGAGCGUUGUAGAGGAGGCGGUGCCGGCCAUGUGCAAGACCCGGACGGUGAUCUACGAGAUCCCCCGCAGUCAAGUGGAUCCCACUGCUGCAAACUUCCUCAUCUGGCCUCCGUGUGUGGAGGUGAAGCGCUGCACCGGCUGCUGCAACACCGGAAACAUGCGCUGCCACCCCUCCAAAAAACAGCACCGCACUGUCAAGGUGGCGAAGGUAGAGUUUGCGUCGCGUAAGAAAGCGAAAUUGAAGGAGGUGCUGGUCCGGUUAGAGGAUCACCUGGAAUGCAUAUGCACGUCCCAGCAUCACGUGAUAGAGCACGUGGAGGCAGACACAGUGGACAUGAGGUGAAACCACAUCAAGCGAGCGACUGAAGGACUACAGUGUCUACGUAAUACUGCAGCAGCACUGGGACUUUGACCUCAGACCCCAUUGCUGUUCGAAAAAAAAAAAAGAUACUGUAUCCAGAGGAACAUUAUACACAAACACAACACCAAAGGUGCUUUCUACGAACUCUGUCAAACACUGAAGACAAACGGGAUUGGUAUUCGGUUAAUUAUUAAGUGGUCAAACACUGGGCGGAAACGAAACUGACAAAGACUAUGUUUGUGUCGCUUCUCUGUUCUUUAUGACUCUGCUAAAGGUCAAGGAUGAGGAGAAAGUCUUUUGGAGAACACUACGUUUGUAGAGACCAUGAACUUCACACAUGCUUUGGAUGGGUUUUUGGAUCCAGAUUGGCCUGAAGGAUGGACUCAAAAAGUGGAAGAGCAUAUUAAAGGAUGUGUUGUCAUAUAACCUCGCUUAAAUAGAAGACGCUAUUUCACGCUGCUGCUCUCUAUCAAGUCCUCUUGGGUCCAGAACAUUUCAGCUGCGAUUUCCAAUGUGCCUCUAGAAAGAAGCAAAGCGCUCUGUCCAUGAACUUUCCGAAGGCAGCGCAAUGCCGCCGUUAUGCCAGAUUAAAGUAUUUAUGUAUGCAAUAUCUCUUGCUCUCUACCAUCUCUGUUGCAUAAUCCAAUGUAAGAACGGCUCAUCAUCUUUGUUGAUCUGCAAGUAUUAUCAGUAUCAUUCUCGCUUAUACUCUACAGAAGAUAUAGGAAAUUGGUGUCAUAGGAAGAUGGCUGUGGAAAGAUGCUUUAUUUUUGUUAAAAUAUAUAUAUAUUUAUAAUGCUAAUGUAGAAUCAAGCAGGAAGUAUGUCAUGUGCCGUGUUUUCUGUUGUUGUGGUAUAUUGGUUGUUUGGUUGGAAAAUACGACAUCAACAGGUUGGCCAUCACACAAGGUCAGAAGAUUCAUGAUUUCCUCCAAAAUAACAGUUAAAGCUGAACAUACAAAGAACAUUCACAUAAACACUUAGGUAUGAAGCUUUUGUAAUAAAUAAACAAAUCAAAACAAAUAA